AUGACUUUCCGCACUCGAAAAAUCGAUACCCUCUCAUCUAUUACAAAACGAGAACGUGACAUGCAAGUUCUCUGUCUGGGACUUUCUCGUACUUCCACAAUGUCACUUCAAGAAGCGCUCAAUAAAUUAGGCUACGGAACAUAUCACUGUCGAGUUGCCGCACCCACAGAGGGACAUAUUCCUUUAUGGCUCGAAGGAUUCGAUGCGAAGUUGAAUGGAAACGGGAAGUCUUUUGGUCGCGAGGAGUUCGAUAAGAUACUUACUGGAUUUAGUUUGCCAGACAUGCCAGCUGUGAAUUUUUCAGAAGAACUUCUCAUCGCGUAUCCUGAUGCGAAAGUCAUCUUGACAACCAGAGAUCCAGAUAAAUGGAUCGGAUCGGUUGAGAGGUCAAUCUAUGCGAUCAUACAUUCACGUCUCUGGUUCAUUCUCAAGAUUGUCUUACCAGAAGCUCUCCCAUUCCGUCAACUCCUUCUCACCGCACUCAUAGACUGGUCCAAUGGCAAUCUGGAAGAUCGCACUGCUCUUCGUACAGGAUUUAUCUCUCACAACGAGAAAAUCCGAAAGCUUGCUCGGGGAAGACUUCUUGAGUUCUCGCCCAGAGAUGAAUGGGGGACCCUCUAUGUGCAUUUUUGGAUAAACCUGUUCCAAAGACACCAUAUCCUUAUGUGA